GGCAAGGCUUAAUUUUCUCUGCUGUGACCUCAGUUUCUCUAAUACAGCUACUGAGCUAUUUUUGUAGAUGAUUCAGGCUGAAGGCUCUUGUACAGUACAUACUCUCUCUGCACUGUAGCCGCAUCUAAAACACCGAGUGGCGGUUAUUCUAUUGUGUUUUGUUGCUUUUUGUUCUAUUCUAUUGUUUUCUAUCUACUCCACUUUAUUCUAUUCUGAUUCGUUCUGUCUCGCCUCUCCUCUCCUCUUCCGUAUUAUUUUUUUUAUCUGUUCUAUUCUAUUACAUCUGAAAAGCCUUAACCUCCUUUGAAUGGAGUCACUUAGUUUUCAGCCUUCUGUUAAUGGGAUGUUAAAUGUUAAUUUCUCCUGCUCACUAAUUUAUUGACCUUUUGCAUUUAAAGAUUUCCACCCUCAGUAAACCCUGAUAUUUUUAAGGCUACUGAACGUCCAAUAAAUUCUGUUUGAAUUGACAUAAAAAUAUAUUCAUGCGUGCAAAGACAAAAAGUAAGUAUAAAAGAUAAGAGACAGCCCACAGAAGCACAUAAGCAUUGAAAAUCAAAACUGUUUUGGGGUAAAAUGGAAAUGAGCACCAAUCCAAACAACAAAAAGCAUAAUUAUUGUUAGAACAGAUAAUGUUGCAGGAUUUUGAUUAUCUUCACCCCUGCAGUCUACAGCUUAAUGUCCAAAUUCAGGACAACUGUAAACAACACUAGAUUCUUUUCAGAGGUAGACUCACUGAGGGAUAAAGGCUAAUUUCAUAUUUUUCAUAGUUAUACUUCCUCUAGAAAUUAUCCAUAAGAGAAGCUGUCCUAGAAAUCAUAGCACAGCACAGAAAAUUGCACUGUGUAUUACUCAUAUUGUUAAUCUCUCACCAAUGCAGGGUACAUAAUUGUACCAAAUGACGAUGUAUAAGAUACAGCGCUGGAGGGAUCUGAACAAACACCAUCCAGUAUGUGUUCUGGCUGUGUGAUGCCGGAGAGGGAAUUGUUAAUGAGCAUGCCAACAACAACAAGCAGCUUCUGUAUAAUUUCUCUCAAGGCUAAUCUCUUGCAGAAGUCUGCUUGGCAUCAUGAACUAUGAGCUGCACAUUGACCAACUCAAAGCUGCUGCUAGCCUACAUGCCCCGAAGGAGCAGAAACUUCAGGUUGGCUGCAUAUGCAUCUGAUGCCAAACUCGCACACGAUGGAGUUGCUGAAGGGAGCGCCUGCCUCUUGGAGGACAUGCAGCAGUUGAUACUGAUGCCUCUUCCCAAUGUUGCCAUUCUGGGGCAGGACCCCCUAACAGAGGCGGCCGUGGAGGAGCUCAGGCGACUGCUGCUGCUCUUGCUAGGAUGUGCGGUGCAGUGUGAGAGGAAGGAGACGUUCAUUCAGCAGAUCCAGUCUCUGGACAUUGAGACCCAGGCAGCUAUUGCCAGCUGUAUCCAGCAGGUGACUCAGGAUCCUCGCGUGGUGCUGCCGCUUCGGUGGGAGGAGCUGGUAGAGGCUGAAGGUGCAGACUUGCAGCUGGUGUUCGGCUCCAUGGCCAAACAGAUCCAAAGCCUGCUGGCACAGAGAGACUCACACCUGGAGAGGAUGGCAGAGCUGUGUCGGGAGCGGGAGGGCCAGGCUGACUCAACCACGGCGCUCCUGGGUGGUCACAGCGAGGAGCCACCCCAAGGUCUGGCACUCCAGCUGGCAGACAACAAGGCCAAACUCCGCCGCCUUAAACAACAACUGGAAGAUAAAGGUGACCAGAUAUUGGAUUACAAGCAGGAGAUUCAAACCAUGGAGGAACAGCUCAAGAAACUUCAGAAAGAGAACCGUACUCUGCAGGGUGAGGUGAGGGGCAUGCGUGCACUGCGGGAUGAGCUGGACUGCGCCCGAGAGCGAGCUACACGGUCCGAGCAGCUCCAGACUGAGCUUCAGAGCUGUAAACACAGAUUGCGCAGCCUGGAGCUCACACGCACUCAGCUGAAGGAGCAACAGCAGCUGUGUGCAGCGCUGCAAGAGACCAAAGCACUUCUGGAAGCACAGCUGGCAGACGCACGGGCACGCUGCUCCUCACUAAGGGAGCUUGAGAGGGACAAUCUUCUGCUGCGUCAGCGAAUCAUGGAAGUGGAAGCGGAGCGGGACACCGAGAGGCAACGAGUUGAUGAGCUGCUGGAGAUGAACAUGAGCCUGGAGGUGGGCCUGAGGCACGGCGACAGCAUUCCCGCUCGGGCUCACCGGCAUUUCCUCCAAUCAGAACUGGACUCUGACGAGGAGCUGAGCGAGCUGAUUGAUCAGAAGCCGCUGAGUGUGGAAGUAGGCGAGGCUUCGGCGCUGAGGCUGCUGGGAGCGGAGCAGGAGAACGCGGAGCUGAAGAGACGGCUGGAGGAGCUGCAGGCCCAGCAGGAGGCUGAUGCUCCAGAUGCAAAGGACGAGCUGGCUUGCCUGGAGGUGGAGCACCAGAACACACUCAGAGAGUUUCAAAACUUGAAGAAUGAAAAUGACACUUUGAAGCAGCGCCUGGAACAGCUGGUGACCAAACUGCAUCACCUGGAAGACAAGAGGAAGGAGAAGCGAGUGAAUAUGCCCGUCAGAGAGGAGGAGGUGGAAGAGAAGGUGGACAGAGGAUUGCAGGGCUCUGAAUCCUGCAGGGGAGAAGGGGAAGGAAGGGUGAGAGUGAUGGAGGCUAGGGAGAGGAGAGGAGAAAUCAUUGGGACACAUAGGGAAGCAGGAGUAGGGGAAGAGGUCCUCCAUAUUCAAGGGGGGAAAGGAGAACCAUGUGAUGAGGAGGAGUCCAAAAGGAGAGGAGAGGCAGAGGGAGGGCAGAAAGACAGAGAGAAACAGGAGAAAGAAAGAGAAAUAAAGAAAGACCAGACUACAGUAACAACAACCUCAGAGAUCCCGAAGCAUCCAAACAGCGUGGAAGAUAACACAGCGACCACAGCUGCAGACCAGGCAGUGUGUUCCCUCUCUGGUCCCGAUGUGGAGCUGCUGACGAACCGGCUCCAGGAGGCCCAGGAGGAGGCUGACAGACAGGCGAUGGUGGCCCAGGACCUGCGCUCCAAGCUGGGAGAGCAGAGCAAGAAAACCUGGGAGGCUGAGCAGAGGCUGGUGGUCCUAGAGGCUGAGCUGCAGCAUCUGAAGAAAGCUGCAGAGAGUCUGGGAGAUGCCCGUAGGCAGAUAGAGGCUCUCCAGGCGGAAGGUCUGGCUAUGGAGGAGGAGCUGUGCCGCCUGCGGAGCCAAGCGGAGCUGCACAGGAUGCAGACCACGGUCAUCGCCACCCUGGAGGGAGAACGGGCUGCGCUGGAGAGAGACAGGGACACGCUACGCAGCACCGUGGACGCCAUGCGCACCGCCCAGCGCAAGGGAGACCAGUUAGAGCUCACCAUCCAGACUCUCAGGGCGGAGCUGGAACGUCAAGGUCGGAGUCUGGAGACCUCUCGUCGUCGGGAGGUGGAGCUGGAGGCAGAGCUCCGCGAGGCCACCUUGGAGGCCGAGUCUCUGGCCCGUUCGCGAGACCAGGGCCUGCUGGAGGCCUCGAGGCUGGAGCAGGAGAAGGAGGUGUGUCAGUCGGAGCUGGACAGCCAACGGAAGGAGGGGAGGCAGAGAGAAAGGGAGGCGGCGAGGCUGAGGCAGCAGCUGGAGAGCACGACCCUCGCCCUGGAGCACAGCAACCAGAGAGCUCGGUCUCUGGACGCCGAACACAGAUGUGUGUGUCAGCAGCUGUCUGAAUCCAAGGAACUCUGCACUCGGCUGCAGGACCUGGAGAAAGAGCUCAGCAGUCAAUUAACCAGCAUGGAAAAGGGUAAACAGCAGCUGCAGGAGCAGUACGCAGACGCUCAGGCCAAGAUUAGCUCACUGUCCCAGGACCUAUCCAAUGAGCAGGCACGUUCUCAGGAACUCUCCGUCGAAGUCCAACGUCUGAGCCAGGAACUACAAAAAGCGGAGACCGAACUAAAGGCGACAACCGAUUCUCUCGACCAAUCACGGGAGAGAAUAGAGUCGCUCUCCCUGUGCCUUAAGAAGAGCGAAUCUCUCCUCCAGCUGGAAACGAGAAGAGGAAGUGCGGAGGUGGACGCGCCGUCUAAUUCAGACUCCUCAAACAAAACGCACAUUUGUCAGACAAACACUCGGGAGACGUCACAUCUGGAUCAAUCCCCUGACGCUGGCAAAGGUCGUGACCUUUCUGUGACCCCAGGAGAGUCAGAGAGGCAGCUGAGUGAGAGGCUGAUAGAGCUGGAGAAAGAGAAAGCGGUGGUGGUAGCAGGACAGGAGGCUCUGCUGUCGCGCCUGUCCCAGUCCCAGGAGGCCUGUGAGCACCUUCAGGAGCAGGUGGAAGCACUGCGCCGGCACUCGCUCAGCCUGCAGGACUCCUGCACCAGACUACAGACGCUCAACACCCAGCUUCAGGUGGAGCAAGCAUCCCUGAGCUCCCAGCAUGCAGCAGUGCUGGCCCGCAGCAGUGAGAGCGAGGCCCGGUGUGCGGCUCUGGAGGCCGAGUCCAAGGUGUGGGCACGGGAGCGGGAGGAGUCAGUGGCCAGGAUGGAGGCUCUGAGGCGGGACCACGAGCGGAUGACGGCGCUGCAGCAGCGGCAGGAGGUGGAGCUGGAGGAGCUGCUGGACAAACACUCUCAGCUGAGGAGCAACAACCGCAGCCUGGAGGCCCAGCACAGGGAGUUGGAGUCCAGGUACAAGGAGCUCCUGGACGGUAAAGCCCAGCUGGAGGAGAAAGAGCGGGAGAUGAAGCUGGAGAGAGAGGAGAUGGAGGCAGAGACCCAGAGGAGGCUGGAGAGUCAACGAGAGCUGGAGAGGUUGAAAGAAGACAACGAGAGGCUGCAGGCCCAGCAGAAGGAGUGGUUGGCGUUGCAGGCGGAGCUGCUGGCUCAGGGCUCGGUGCUGAGGGGGGAGCUGAGCGCUUCCCAGCUGGAGCGGACUCGACUGGAGGGGGAGCUCAGCGCCCUGAGGGAAACCAACCAGAGCUUGGACCUCAGCAGCGCUCGCCUCACCAGCCAGUACCAGCUGUUGACCCAGUUGAAGGGGAACAUGGAAGAGGAGAAUCGACAGUUAGCGGAGCAGAACCAGAGUCUGCUGAAGGAGAACCGGGCCUUACUGGAGCAGAGCCUGGAGCGCCGUGACCAGCACUAUUCACAGCAGAGGGAGUACCAGGAGAAGCUGAGCGAGCUCCGUCGGGAGAAGCAGAAGCUGGUGGAGAAGAUCAUGGAUCAGUAUAGAGUCCUCGAGCCAAGCAUGCAACCUCCAGCCAGCAAGGCCAAGAAAUCUAACUGGAUUGCAGACAGGAUGAAGAAGCUAAUCAAACCCCGGGGAGGAGGAAGAGAGGGACGCGCCCUCUUCACCGCCGCGGGCAGCGUGGAAAACCUGGCCGACAGCGCUGAAUUUACAUCAGACACACACGCGCCUCACCCUGACCCCCGCAGUGCUCCAGUCUCUCCCUCUCCCAUGAGAAAAGCAGAGCCAGACAUCUCGGUUCCCGGGACUCCAGCCACGCGCUCCGGCUCCGGGGGCCGUCGGAAGCUGGGAUCCCGUCAUGGUUGGGGGCUUGGGUUGGCCAGAGGGGGCUCUGGGGUUUCCCAAUCAUUCAGUCCCGGUGACCACAAAACACCGCCCCGCCUGCGGCUGCGCUCGAGCCAGAACACCUCCUCUGUCCUCUGGGAAGGAGAGAGAGGCGAAGCAAGCGCACCCCAGGCGGCAGACGCACCACUUACCAGUCAGGAGAGCAUCGAGGAGGAUGAAGGCAGAGACAAUCAACACUCCAGCGACGACAACGCAACGGCCUGAGAACGAACUGCAGUCGGCUCUCAAUUAAAAAGAAGAAACCUUUUAUAUUCUGUGCUCCUGGCAAACUGUUUUGAUGCUUUUUAUACGUCUGACUAUUUUAAAUAUGAGAUCCUUCUAGUAUUUUUGAAUACAUGAAUGAAUAAAUCCUUCUGUCAAUGAUUUCCAGUGUUCCUCAGU